CAACCUCUUCCACCAGAAAAAGAGAGAGAGAGGAACUAAGACAGAACCAGAGGGGUUGAAAAACAAGUAGAACGAGACAACUCGACGAAGACAACCAACGACACUACACCAAUCCUCCAUUCUUCUCUUCCUCCCCCGUUCACCGAUUCGAUUUCGACAGAUCCUGGCAGAUGGCAAAUUCAAAGGGGACUCAGAACCUUAGAGACGCGGCGUGCUCCGGAAAGCAGGCUUUCCUUCCCCCUAAAAGUCCAUUUCUUGGUGGUCCAACAUUCUUCCCAGAUUUUGUUCCGAAUGGUUUUAUUGGAUCUAAACCUGUUCAGAUGCCUCGGGAAGGAAAUACCCAUCAUCAUCAUCGAACUUCUUCCGAGAGCUUUCUGAUAGAGGAACAACCUUCUUGGCUCGAUGACCUUCUCAACGAGCCAGACACUCCUGUGCGCAAAGCGGGUCAUAGGCGUUCAUCCAGUGACUCGUUUGCAUAUGUAGAUGUUACUAAUGCUUCUAACCUGCAUUAUUCUCUUUGGGAUGAUAGUAGAUAUAAGAAUAGUUUUGCUGGGCAUCAUGGCAACGGUCCAAAGGAGUUUGAUUACGUUAAAGACUCACGAUAUGUCUCGUUCCACCCUGCAUUUCAUUCGGGAAAUCAGAAAAAUAAGGCUUCUGAUUCUAUAUCUGAUUCCGGAGCUCACCCUAGCAGUGGUUCUCGUUAUUUGGAGAACACUUGUGCCCCGAGUUCAGGAUCAUCCGAUGUACCAUAUGAAACAGAAAAGGUUUCAUGUGCUGCAGAUGGCAAGAUGGCUCCUGCUGCACAAUUCUCUAAUAAUUCCUCCAAGGCAUCUUUUGAGAAAAAGGACGCCCCUCAGGCUAAGCCGGCUGCUUCAGAGGCUGAUACGAAACGUGCUAGACAGCAAUUUGCUCAACGUUCUAGGGUUCGUAAGAUCCAAUACAUAGCUGAGCUGGAAAGGAACGUUCAGGCAUUACAAGCUGAAGGUUCCGAAGUAUCAGCAGGGCUUGAGUUUGCAAAUCAGCAGAAUCUCAUUCUGAGCAUGGAGAACAAAGCUCUUAAGCAGCGGUUGGAAAGUUUAGCACAAGAGCAGCUUAUAAAACACUUGGAGCAUGAAGUAUUGGAGAAAGAGAUUGUGAGGCUGAGAGCUUUAUACCAACAGCAGCAGCAACAACAACAGCUAGAGACAAAGAAACAAGUGUCAUCUAGCCACCUGCGGUCCAGGAGCAGAGAUAUGGAGUCACAAUUCACAAAUCUCUCCUUAAGGCCCUAAGGAAAUCCAGUUCAAAAUAUGGAACUUAGGCCAUAUAUAGAUCGAGCUGUCUCUUCAGUUUCUCGGGUGGAUUCUCUCAUCGAACUGAUGCUACUGCUCUCCAGGUUAAGGCCAUAUCUCACAUUGGCGGCUCCCCCUCCUUGUUCUCUGUUCUUGCUUCUUACCAGAGGUUGGUUUGGUUUCUGAAGAGAUGGUUCCAGGGUGUUAAGGUAACCAUGGUUAGAUGUUAACUCUCGUAUGUUUCAUGGGCACUGUCGUGAUUCUUCUAGGCUUCUUAUGUCUCCGUGGCUUUGUGUUGUGUUGGAGAGAUGGAUAGUUCAUGUAAAGUGUCAUAGUGUUGUAUGAUUUGAUUCAUCUGUUAAAUGGUUGUGUUGACCACAAAUGAGAAAUUUGAGCAUCUUUUAUGGCUCAAUAA